AACCCUCGUCGUUCCAAAUGCUAAGCACAUAUACUUUCUGUAGCUAAAAAAAGCUAUUUUAUGAAAAGACGUUGUUAUUAUUCCUUAUUUAAACAAUAUGGAUGAAUACGUUCCAAGAUCUACUGCAUUUUAUCGCCGAUCAAUGUAUGCAAUUAAUAACGAUAGCAGUGAAGAUGAAAACUUUAGAAAUCCGUUAGAUACAUCUUUACUAUCAACGAGUAACUCUGAUGUUAUAUCGGACAACACAAAUUCAAUCCUAUCACUAAAUGCACGUUCAUCAGAGUUUGAUAAUUCUCAAGAUGUUUUAAAUAGUCCAGAGCAACAUAACGAUUCUGAAGAAUCACAAAUUGCGAAUCAAAGUCCAGUGAAUCAGAGAUUUUUUAUUGGACUACUCAAUGAAGCAGAUGAUAACGAAUCCGAAGACAACCCAAUAAGUAACGAUUCUACUGAAAGUGGAGAGGAUACUGAUGAGGAUCGUGAUUCCGAAAAUGAAAGUAUUUUAUCUUUUAACGAAAAUAGACUAGAUUAUGACCCAUAUCAUGAAUUACGAGAUUUGUUGAACAAACAUGAAAUGAAUAUUCCUGUUGACAUUCCUGUAAGUGCAAACUGA